AUGCGCUCUAGCACCGACGCCAACCCGGACCCAGAGGCCCAGAGGCCGCCCGCGUCCCCCGGGCGCGGCUGCCACCCGCUGCCGUGGGCGCUGAGCGCCGCGCUGCUGCUGUUCGCCGGCGCCUGCGCCGCCUGCGUGAUCCGCGCCUGGGUUGUGCCCGGGGCUCCCGCCUUGGCCGGCCCCAGCCCGGGCCCCGCGCCCAGCUCGAGACUCCCCGAGGUUCCCGAGCUGCCGCCCGACGCCAGCGCUCGCCUCCCCGACUCGCCGCAGGGCGUGUUCGCGCAGCUGGUGGCCCAAGAUGUGCAGCUGACGGAAGGGCCCCUGCCCUGGUUCAGCCACCCAGGCGUGGCAGGCGUGUCCCUGGCACCUGGCCUGAGCUACGAUGAGAAGGCGCGAGAGCUGGUGGUGGCCGAGGCCGGCGUCUAUUACGUCUUCUUGCGCGUCGAACUGCGGCGUGUGGUGGCCGCUGCCGGCUCUGGCUCCGUCUCCAUUGACCUGCGCCUGCAGCCACUGAGCACUGGGGCUGCCGCCCUGGCCAUGACUUUGGACCUGCCACCUGCCUUUUCACCUCCCUCCUCCGAGGAGGCCCCGGACUCGCGGGUGGUUGGUUUCAGAGGCAGUCUGUUGCACCUGGGCGCCGGCCAGCGCCUGGGCGUCCACCUGCGCCCGGGGCCCGGGGCACACCCUGCCUGGCAGCUUGCACAGACCAACACGGUCUUGGGCCUCUUCCGCGUGGCCACCAAAGUCCCCGCUGGACUCCCCUUUCCGCUGCCCACGUGACGCCGAGCCUGGAUGCCACCCCCUGGACGGAGACUGAAUCCUGCCUGCCUGCCUUGGUUGCGGCCCCUGGAGAUGGGGCCCAGCUAGUCUACCUCACCGGGCUGGGCAGGGGUCCCUGCUGCUCACCGCCUCCUCGAGGACUCUCCAGAUCACUUUAUCACCCCCGCUACUGGGCAAACUCUUGGUAUUUAUUCUGAGCCUCAGCUCAGACUGUACUUUAUAUUAACUCCUUCAAUUAUAUUUAUUGAGCUUCUGCCACAUGCCAGGCA